GAACAAACUCCUAACAGGAGGAGACUCACUCAUGGCCUACGAGACAGAGGAUCAGGAGACUCAAUACUGCUUUCCUGACAUCAACUCAUCAUGUGUCAAAGGAAAACGCUCUAGACAUGAAUAUAUCAUCAUGUAUGUGUUCUUUUCACUGCUGUCAGCAUGGACUGUGUUUCUGAACCUGCUGGUGAUCAUCUCCAUCUCUCACUUCAAGAAGCUUCACACUCCAACCAACAUGAUUAUUCUCUCUCUGGCUGUAAAUGAUCUGCUUAUUGGACUUUUUGUUAUACCCAUACAGGCCAUCAAACUAACUGAGACGUGUUGGUACUUUGGAGACAUUUUCUGUGUUCUGUAUUUAAUAUUAAUUGGGCUUAUUUUCUCUGCAUCUCUCAGUAAUUUAGUUUUAAUUGCUGUUGAUCGUUAUGUGGCUGUGUGUCACCCUUUACUGUACCCACAGAAAAUAACCAUCACUAACAUGUUAAAGAGCAUCUGUCUGAGUUGGGUUUGCUACUCAGCUUAUAACACUGCCUUUGUAGUUAAUAAUGGAUAUUUUGACUCUUCACACAGAACAGACAUGUGUAAUGGACGGUGUUCAGUCAUGGUGAGUUUUAGUUGGACAGUCAUUGAUCUAUUCAUGUGUUUUAUUUUCCCCUGUCUCAUAAUGAUCACUUUAUAUCUGAGGAUUUUCUAUGUAGUUCAUCAGCAAGUGAAGGUUAUAAACUCUCUGAUGAAGGGUGGUAAACGUGUAACAGAGAGUUCAGCAAAGAGGAAAUCUGAGAGUAAAGCUGCUCUGACUUUAGGAAUCAUUGUGACCAUUUAUCUGCUUUGCUAUAUCCCUUACUAUAUCUGUUCUUUAUUUGUAAUCUCCUCCACAACUAUAACCGUUUUAUCAUGGGCUGUACAUGCUAACUCAGGUCUGAAUCCUCUGGUUUAUGCUUUGUUUUACAGCUCAUUUAAAAAGACAGUUAAACACAUCUUCACUCUGAAAAUAUUUCAGCCAGUAUCCUUUCUGUUCCGUAUUUUUAAAUAACUUGAAGUGACUUUCACUUGACCUCAUUUGUGAUAUUAUAAAUUAAAACAAUUACAUAUAAACACAAGGCCACUUUUAAGAAUAAAAAACUAAACUGGUAGUGAUAAGCUUGUUGUUUUUGUUUCUAACUUCUACAUUCAUUACACUGUGUUCAUACAAGACACUAAAGAUGUUUGAGGUGAAUAAUGUUCAGAUGACACUAGUGAUUCGAUGUAUUAAGCAGUUGAUUACAUUUUUAUUAAGCUAUCAUGUUUAUUUUUACAGUCCACAGGUCAAACAUGAAUCAACUCAGUCAUUGUUCAUAAAACAUCAGAUCAGUG